AUGGAUGAUCCAUGGUACUGGGACGUUGACAGAGUUGUGCAGGAACUAUGCUCUGCCAAUCGAUCAUGGGCUUCGCCUUCAGCACCGUUGAGACUUCCGCCUACUGAACAGCUUGAGGCUGCGCUUCGCAACCAUGAAGUGGAUGGUGAAGUCCUCUUGACAUACGACCAGGCAGAACUGUGUGCUGAGUUGGGUAUCAAGAUUCUGAAGCACAAGUCUACGUUCAAGAAUGCCAUCCAGAAUAUCCGUCUGCGCAGCAAACAGUAUCGACUCGACCAAAAACGACAAGCUUCAGAAUUGAACUCUGAUAACGAAGCUGACGGAGUCAACGAAUCCAACGAGCCUCACGUGGAUAAGGGAAAGGAAAGACUGGAGAACGGCCUCGCAUCUGUUGCCUCAAGCAGCGCGCCUAUCACGAACCAUGGCGUUAUCACCGACCAUACACCCGGUGUUGCAGCCGGAGUAGACAAGGCUGGCCACCCUAACAGGGCUAAGAAGCUGCAAAGCCAGCUUACUUCUCUGGAAACCAUGGCAUCGAGCGCGAAUCAUCAGCCCGAUGCGACUAUCCCCGAUGCGACUGACCCUGAUGCGACUGGCCCAGAUGCGACGGGCCCUGAUGCGACUGGCCCUGAUGCCACUGAGAAUGACGUCUCUACCACAGCUACUCAGGAACCUGCGCCAAAGAAACGGCGACUUGCUCCAAGCCUGAUCUUAGCAGAGGUUAAUACCGAGAUCAACCGCAACAUCCAGACUGAAGCUGAUGUUCUUACGAAGUUCUCUCACGUCGGUGCAAGGGUGGACACUGACGGCUUUGGCGCAUAUCUUGGAAGCAAGGCGUUUACCAGGUUUGAUAUCAUGGACGCAGGUACCCCAGAUGAGCAAAGGCAGUUCACGACUGAUGACCGGGAGAUAAACUUCGUGGGCAGAGCGAGUCUCAUUCCUGGACGCCUCAUCCAAACACAUCGUGUGAUGAAACGUCGUCUUCUAAAUCGCCGAGGCUAUCAACCAGCCCGACCGCACAAGGCUGAUGCGAUCCCCGGUGCCAACAAUCCAGAUAACGAUAAAGUCCUGCCACUUUAUGGUGAAUCGGAUGAUGACGAAGAGUACGACUCUGCGACUUGGAGGGAGAUUGAAGCCGAAAAGCAGCAGAAGGCAAUCAGUGAUGGCCGUGCCAAAGGCCUCACUGCCGACGAAGUGAACGCUGUGCUUGACGAGGCCAUUGCUCGUUACGCUUCCAAUUGGAAAGAGCACAAACUGCCAAAGCUGGUUCGCAAGGCGAAUCGGCUGUGGAAUGAUGCCCGAAGGUAUGGUCUCAGAGCAGCUAUCACCAAAGCUCAGAAAGACCUGCGCGGACUCGAGGAUCGGCUGGCAAAGUAUCGCGAAAACUUCCUCUCUAAAGGAGAGUGGCGCAACGCAGCCGAAUUAGAGCGCACUACAGGUGUUCUGGAAGCGACCGUUGAAUACAAGGAGCAUUCCUCAUGGCUACUUGGAGUGCUGGGAUCUCCACGAGAACCAGCAAAGCCCCAGCGACUGCCUCGGACUGCAAAUACGAGACCUCGUGCACCCCGUUCUAUGUCUGGAGAUGAGGAGGAAACAUUGACGAGUGAGUCUGGAGGUGAUAUCGACGAUUUCAUUACCGAUGACGAGGUUCAGCCAAAUGGCCAAGGUGAUGAGGACUUGCUCAUGGAUACGGUUGAAGAUGGCCUCAUGGACACUGUUGAAGAUGGCCUCAUGGACACCAUCGAGGACGUCCCUCGCAAUGGUACAGCUGGAGGGUGUCUGCCUACGAAGACACCUGACGAGACGGACCCUCCCGCUGCCACGGAAGAGCUCGCUGUCAGUGGAGGUCAUGAGGAUGAUCAUCCGAUGGAUAUUGAAACUCCAAGCCCGACCAGAGACAUAUUAGCUGCGGACACUGCCGCGGAAGAGCCCGCUAUCAAUGGAGUUCAUGACGAUGAUCAUCCGAUGGCUCCUGAAAAUACAACCUUGACCAGAGGUUUAUCAGCUGCGAAAGCUACGGCGGAAGACCACCCUAUCAUCGGAGCUCAUACCAACGGCCAUGCUGGAACUACAAGCUCGACGCGAGCGGUACCAGUUGCGGAGGCUGCCGCCAGCCACCCCAAGACACCCUCUAAACCGCGUAGCCAUGUUAUUGAUCUCACCACCCCGCGCGGCCAAGCUUCCACGCCUCGAACACAGCCACACUCCAAGGGCAAGGAACAGCAUUUCGCGCCGCGCCCCAGGUCGACCAGAGACCAAGUCGAUCAGUCCCCAUUGAUAAUGACAAUUUCCGACGUGGAGCCAAGAGAACAGAGAAUAGCCACCGAGCUAGCCAAGAUGGACGCGCCCUAUUACUCUUUGAUCUUCAAACUUGCUACGACGAGGCCAUGGACGGAGAUCUGGCUGGAUCUUAUACUUCCAGCGCUAGACUGUGGUGGAUUUCCGAAAGCUCCAUACGACAGCAAUGAGAAGAAGGACGACCUGGUGGCGUACACAAUAAUCCGCAUGUUUGAAAUGUACAAGGAUGAUACUCUCUAUAGACCCGGCCGCUACAAGAGUCUGAACGAUGAGCAAAGGCAAAGACUCCGAGCUUUUCGAGACGAUGACCUCGCGCCCGUCUGGGAAGGUCUCAUCAACUUUCUUGCCAGGCUGAGUGACCGGUUUGAAUGGAGCUCUGGGACACUAGGCAGCAAGAAGGGAUCUGGCAGCAAGAGGGAGAAGAGGGCGAGGAGUGAGAAGCAAGCGACUCCUCUUGUUGUGACUCCCCAGAAGAAAAAGAAGGGCAAGGCCGCUGCCAAGAGAGCUGAUUCUGCGGCCCAGAGUGACACGGACAGCGACGCCUACGAAGAGCCUUCAUCGAAAAAGCCCAAACACAAGACACCCGUCCGUAACCGAGAAGCCGCAAAUCUUCGAGAGAGCGACCAAGUACGGCUUGCGGAACAGGCACAUCGACGACAAAUAUUGCGCGAGAGGCUCCAAGCCCAGGGCGAAAUGGGCAUAGGCAGCCAGAGCCGUCUAAUCAUCAACGAGAGUAAGACAGAUGAGCAAGGUUUCGUCUACGUUCAUAACGAGAUCGCACGACAGAUCAAGGACCAUCAGGUUACAGGAGUAAGGUUCAUGUGGAACCAGAUUGUGGACGCCAAGACAAGACAGGGCUGUCUGCUGGCUCAUACUAUGGGACUCGGAAAGACCAUGCAGAUAAUAACCCUCCUGGUCGCCAUCUCUCAAGCUGCAGAGUCUGACGAUCCGUCCAUCUCUUCCCAGAUCCCUAAAGACCUAAAGGUAUCCAAGACGCUCGUCCUUUGUCCUCCGGGACUCGUCAACAACUGGCUCGAUGAAUUGCUUCGGUGGUCACCCGAAGAACACACUCUCGGAGAGUUCUACAAGAUCGAGCAGAUGCUUAGUAUUAGAGCCCGAGAAGAGGCUAUACAAUCCUGGUCUGAAAGAGGCGGUGUCUUGAUCAUCGGUUACAAUCUCUUCAAGUCCGUCAUCGAUGAUGAAGAUAUGCACGAAGUCUUCAUGGACGGCCCCAAUAUCGUGGUGGCAGACGAGGCACACUUGCUUAAGAAUCCGAAGUCCAAAGUACACAUUGCUACGGCAAACUUCAGAACACAAAGCAGGUUGGCGCUGACCGGCUCGCCAUUGGCUAACAACGUCGAAGAGUACUAUGCGAUGAUCAAUUGGGUGGCCCCUCACUACCUCAGUGAUCUCCGCGAAUUCCGGCAAAUGUAUGCAAACCCCAUCAAGGAGGGACUUGGCGUGGACAGCACGCCUUAUCAGCGCCGGCAGGCCUUGAAAAUUUUGCAUGUUCUCAAGUCGGAAGUUGCGCCGAAAAUCAGUCGGAUCACCAUAUCGGUCCUGAAAAAGGACAUCCCGAUAAAGAAGGAGUUUGUGAUCAUGGUCCCUCUCGCGGAGUUGCAGCGCAAGGCUUACGAUAUCUAUAUCCGCCAUUAUCGAGAGAAGACAUCAAAACUCGCAGUAGCGUUCGCUGCUGUCAACGACCUGGGCCUCAUUUGCGCCCAUCCUUUUGUGUUGCUCAACAAGAUGAGGGACUUGAAGAACCCGGACCGCACAUCCAAGGAUGAGAAUGACCGUGCCACCAUGACGCCGGCACUCAUCAGCGAGGAGAUGCCCCUCUUGGCGAACGCGGAAACGGACAUGAAUAUUGACGAAUUCUCACUGUCCUGGAAGGUUCCGCUGCUCAUCGACAUACUCGAGUCCUGCAAGAAACUGGGCGAUUCGAUUCUCUUGUUCUCGCAUUCUAUAUAUUGCCUCGACUACCUUGAACGAAUCCUGCGCAAGAAGAAGUGCACCAUAGAGCGUCUGGAUGGCACUACGAAGAUGGAAAUGCGUCAGGAUAUGGUCAAGCAAUUCAACAAGGGCAAGGCUGAUUUGUUCCUCAUCUCCACCACAGCUGGUAGCCUUGGGCUGAACAUUACCGGAGCCAACCGCGUCAUCAUCUUUGAUUCCAAAUUCAACCCUCAGCUCGAACAACAAGCCGUCGGUAGAUCGUAUCGCAUCGGUCAGACAAAACCUGUUUUCGUCUACCGCUUCAUUUGCGGUGGUACUUACGAAGAGAAGAUGCUCAACCAGGCUAUCUGGAAGAUGCAGUUGGCGUCCCGAGUGGUUGACGAGAAGAACCCAAUUCCAAAAGCUCAAAAGUUUACCGAGGGCUUUGGGUUUGCUACGGACCCUGUGCAAAAGGAUCUUGAAGAACAUCGGGGCAAGGACUCCGUUCUCGACAAGGUCCUGGAUCGUCAGGCAAAGGGCAUCAGCUCCAUUACGAUGUGGGAUACCUUCGAAGAGGAAGCGCUUGAGGAUGCUGUGCUACCAGAGGAGGAUGCUAAAGAGGCAGCGCAGAUCCUUGCCGAAAACGAGGCCCGCAGAUCAGGAAAACCGCUCCCUCCGCGGCCUGCGUUUCUAACGAUUGGUCGUACCAAUGGAGCCCCUGAGCUUUUGAUAUCUACGUCCCUUGACCUGACUGGACCGGACAAUGGAGCAGCAGCUAUCGGCGCAUUGGCGUUUGCCAACGACACUCAAGCUGCUCAGCCUGUGUCGGCUUCGGCUGCACAGACAACGGACUCUUCAGCUACAUAUACAAGAGACGCUGCAGCUGCACCGGUAUUCAACAGCUUGUCAGCUCUGGCUCCCGUGCAGCAUGAUGCCGACCCGGCUUCAGCUUCAUACCACCCCAUGCCGCCGAUUCCCGGAGCUUCAACGCACUUUGGGGCUCCUGAAGACAAGAAUGGCAGGAACUGGGAAAGCAAGGCAGCCUUUAAGGGAGAACUGUCUCGGUCUUUCGCGGCUAACGCUGCCCCACAUGAACAAGAACACCGGCGAGAGAUCGCUAACGAGAUCACGGCGCUCCUGUGGGCACGAACAGAGCAACAGGACGCCCAACAACAAGGCGUAACGAAAUGGGCCGUUAUGAACGCAGCAUCAUCUCCGCGCUUCGUCGAGGCUGUCUGCAUGGGUGCGAUUCUGCCGCAGCAUCUUGCUCAGAUGGAUCCACCGGACAUUACGCAACGUUAUCAUUCUUGGGAGCAGAUGGAAGACGCGGACUGGGAAUUACAGAAAGCCUCCUGGAGCCAAGAGUCCCGAGGUGACCCCGAGCACCUUCACGUCGCUCUACGCAAGAUGUCAUUCACUACUAGGAGGAAUGACCUCAGCUAUGAGCAGCCAAGGUCACAUCGCAUCGACGACAAGCAGGCUCUGGAAGCUGUUCUGGAGCGUAGAAAGUCCAAGCAGUCUUCACAUGGCAAAGAGGCUCGUCUUCCUGACUGGGCUAGGAGCGCAGUUGCGAAACAAGGCCGGAUUGCACCAAUGCCGUCCCCGCCGGCUGCUUCGACCACGUCUCCAUCUAUCCCAUCACGCCCACAAGCUAAGACUCCCUUUAAGUGA